GCCGAGGCCACCGGAAGAGUCGCGGUCGCCAGCCGAGCGCCGGGAGUGGGGAGCGGAAGCGGUGGCGGGCGGCGCUGGGACCCGGGAGCGGCCGGAGAACAAGGGAGCUGGCGCCCCGGCCGGCGGCUGAGUGGGGCUGAGCAGCGGGCCGCGCCGAGCGCCGAGCUCUGCCGGAGAGGCCCGGCCCCGCUGCCCAAGCAGGCCGCGCGCCGCGGGGCCGAGGGGCCGAGGCCGGAGCCAUGGGCGAGACCAAGAUCAUCUACCACCUGGACGGCCAGGAGACGCCGUACCUGGUGAAGCUGCCCCUGCCCGCCGAGCGCGUCACCUUGGCGGACUUUAAGGGCGUUCUGCAGCGGCCCAGCUAUAAGUUCUUCUUCAAGUCUAUGGACGACGAUUUUGGGGUGGUGAAGGAAGAGAUCUCGGAUGACAAUGCCAAGCUCCCCUGCUUCAAUGGCCGCGUGGUGUCCUGGCUGGUAUCUGCCGAGGGAUCACACCCAGAGCCGGCCCCUUUCUGUGCAGACAACCCGUCAGAGCUGCCACCUUCGAUGGAACGCACAGGAGGCAUUGGGGACUCUCGACCCCCCUCCUUCCACCCUCAUGCUAGUGGGGGCAGCCAGGAGAAUCUGGACAAUGACACAGAGACCGAUUCCUUGGUGUCUGCCCAACGAGAGCGGCCCCGACGGAGGGAUGGCCCUGAGCACGCGGCCCGACUCAACGGAACCACAAAGGGUGAGCGGCGCCGGGAGCCAGGCGGCUAUGACAGCUCAUCUACCCUCAUGAGCAGCGAGCUAGAGACUACCAGUUUCUUUGAUUCAGAUGAGGAUGACUCCACCAGCAGGUUCAGCAGCUCCACAGAACAGAGCAGUGCCUCACGCCUCAUGAGAAGACACAAGCGGCGGCGGCGGAAGCAGAAGGUCUCCCGGAUUGAGCGGUCCUCGUCAUUCAGCAGCAUCACAGACUCCACCAUGUCUCUCAAUAUCAUCACCGUCACUCUCAACAUGGAAAAAUAUAACUUCUUGGGCAUCUCCAUUGUGGGCCAGAGCAAUGAGCGAGGUGAUGGGGGCAUCUACAUUGGCUCCAUCAUGAAAGGUGGAGCUGUGGCAGCUGAUGGACGCAUUGAGCCAGGAGAUAUGCUACUGCAGGUAAAUGAGAUCAACUUCGAGAACAUGAGCAACGAUGAUGCAGUCCGAGUCCUUCGGGAGAUUGUGCACAAGCCAGGGCCCAUCACUCUGACUGUAGCCAAGUGCUGGGACCCGAGUCCUCGUGGCUGCUUCACAUUACCCCGGAGUGAGCCCAUCCGUCCCAUUGACCCUGCAGCAUGGGUCUCUCACACUGCAGCCAUGACAGGCACCUUCCCCGCCUAUGGCAUGAGCCCCUCCUUAAGCACCAUCACCUCUACCAGCUCCUCCAUCACCAGCUCCAUCCCUGAUACAGAGCGCCUAGAUGAUUUCCACCUCUCCAUCCACAGUGACAUGGCGGCCAUCGUAAAAGCCAUGGCCUCCCCUGAGUCAGGGUUGGAGGUCCGAGACCGCAUGUGGCUCAAGAUUACCAUUCCCAAUGCUUUCAUCGGCUCGGAUGUGGUGGACUGGCUGUACCACAAUGUGGAAGGGUUCACUGAUCGUCGGGAGGCCCGCAAGUAUGCUAGCAACCUGCUGAAAGCUGGUUUCAUCCGCCAUACCGUCAACAAGAUCACAUUCUCCGAGCAGUGCUACUACAUCUUUGGUGACCUCUGUGGCAACAUGGCCAACCUAUCGCUUCAUGACCAUGAUGGCUCCAGUGGCGCCUCUGACCAGGACACAUUGGCUCCUUUGCCGCACCCAGGAGCUGCCCCUUGGCCUAUGGCUUUCCCUUACCAGUACCCACCACCUCCGCAUCCCUACAACCCACACCCAGGCUUCCCAGAACUGGGCUACAGCUACGGUGGGGGCAGCGCCAGCAGUCAGCACAGUGAAGGCAGUCGUAGCAGUGGCUCCAACCGAAGUGGUAGCGACCGGCGCAAGGAGAAGGACCCAAAAGCUGGGGACUCCAAGUCAGGUGGUAGCGGCAGCGAGUCAGACCACACUACUCGCAGCAGUCUGAGGGGGCCACGGGAGCGGGCACCAAGCGAGCGAUCAGGCCCAGCGGCCAGCGAGCACAGCCACCGCAGUCACCAUUCGCUGACCAGCAGCCUGCGCAGCCACCACACGCACCCGAGCUAUGGUCCACCCGGAGUGCCCCCUCUUUAUGGUCCCCCGAUGCUGAUGAUGACCCCGCCACCCGCAGCCAUGGGGCCCCCAGGAGCCCCUCCAGGGCGUGACCUGGCCUCGGUGCCCCCGGAACUGACGGCCAGCAGACAGUCCUUCCGCAUGGCAAUGGGAAACCCCAGUGAGUUCUUUGUGGAUGUGAUGUGAUCAGGGCCCCUCUCCAGCGCUCACCCCUCAGCCGGCUGCACCCCCCAUCUCCAUCAGUUGGCCUUUUUUAAAAAAACAAAAAACAAAACUUUGGUACCUGAAAGGGAAAUAAAUGGAACUAACUGCUACUGUUUGCUGGUAGCAGCAAGGAUGAGGGCUCUCUACUCAUCCAUGCUACAGCCCC